UUCUCAGGGUGUGUGUUCACUUCUCACUGCUGUGUGUGUGCACUUGGAUGACUUAAAUGCAGAGUAACAAUUCCAGGUAUGGGUUACCAUAUUGGCAACUGUCACGACUUUGACUUUUCGAGUAUUUGACACUUAGCACUUUAAAAAAAAUCAAGUAGUGUAUCCAAGCCUUAAAGAUGUUUUUCUGAUAAUGUGUAAUAGUUUUUAAUUUCGUAGUCAACUUUAUUACUAUAAUUUACACUCAAAAAGAUGAUAGACAUUCAAAUUCAUAUAUUAAAACGAUUUUCUUUUUACAUAACAUAGGCUUGAUUAGACUUUAAACUAAAUUUUCGAAUCAAAACAUGUCCAGCUUCUAAUGCGGGUCCAUUUGAACUUGUUUGGCAGCUUUGGCUUAACAUUCGGUAUGACCAGUAUUAGGAGGAAACAAGUCUAGCUAGUUAGACCUUACAACUGGUUUCCCUACCACAUUUUUUGUAUACAGCCAUACCUAUAAGUGAGAGCUACAUAUGACAAUACAGAGACAUUGGUAACGCUGUUAGAGAUAACAGCAGUGUCUUCCUGAAUUCAUUCCUUCAAGGCAAUAAGUUAAGAAACAUGGUGUCUGCGGGACUUCAGAUCUUGGGCAUCUGCCAGGCUACACUCGGCUUCUUGGGAAGCAGCAUUGUCUGUGGCUUGCCCAAAUGGAAGGUGACGGCAUUCAUUGGAUCCAACAUUGUGACCAAGCAGAACUUUUGGGAAGGUUUAUGGAUGAACUGUGUGGUUCAGAGCACAGGACAGAUGCAGUGUAAAGUGUACGACAUUCUGCUGGCUCUUCCUCAAGAUCUGCAGGGCACCCAAGCCUUGGUGAUCAUCGCCAUUAUCGCUGACAUUGCAACACGUAUGACGUUCUUUCUUAUGACUGAUAUUGUGAGAGGUCAAGGAAGUUAUAACUGUUUAUCUAGGAGCAUUCUUCAAAAUAUCUUCUAUUAUGUUGCACAGAGGAACAUCAUUUCAGAAUCUUCAUUUAUUAUAAUUUAUACCAUAUUCAAAUGAUUAUGGCAUCAGUUAUGAAUGGGAUAUAAAGGCCGCCUUAGUGGUCAGAUCUACAAACAAAUCUCUAAAAGUUGAAACAGAAAAACAAAAGCUUGAGAUCGAAACUGCAUCUGGAUACCUGAAUGCAAGUGAGGCACAAACACCUGAGCCCUUUUCAGAAGUCUCAUGCAAAUUCCCAAAUAAAAAUGGGCCCAUGUCAUCCAAGUCUAGAAGUUGGAAUAUGGUUAGUCUGUUAGCAUGCAGACUAAUGGAGACAUGGUCUGUUUAACCGUAUUCACCUCUUCAUUCAUUCAUCUUUUUAGCAUAUAAACAUCACAUCACUGUCCACUGUACACCAUUGUAACUUCUGAAAUGAUGUGGGAGGGCUUUUGGAAGAGCUGCAUGAUCCGAAGCACAGGCCAAAUGCAGUGCAAACCUUAUGAGUCCCCACU